CAAACAUAGCUCCCAUAUGCGGAGUACCGCGGAUAGACAGCGGCCCUUUGUGGACCUGGACAGGUGCUGGGGUGUACCUGUAGCAGCUGCCUGCAUCACUUUCCUAUCGUGCAUAGCCUCUUCCAGCUAUGGGUUCCUCUACGUGCUCUUCAUGCAAAAGCAUGAACUUAGUCGUGAGCAAGCCGCGUGGCCUCAGACAGCACUCGUCAUCUCUGGCGGAUGCAUGGGCCUCCUCGUCAGCAUGGUGCAAAAGAAAUUCUCCAUCUACCACAUAACCCUCGCUGGUGGGAUCGUGGCUUCUGCAGGCCUCGCGGGAGCAAGCUUCGCUCCCAAUAUCGUGUGGCUUUCUGUUACUUUUGGAGUGGUACAAGGAGCCGGAAUCGGAAUCACCUUGCUAGGCAUCGCCAUGUACUUGCUCCUUUACUUCGACAAAUACAAGGCCACUGCUACCGCCAUCAAGGAUAUCGGCACGGUCGCAGCUGGUGUCGCAGGCGUCCCCUGGAUAUCGCUUCUCGUGAAGGAAUACGGUCUGCAAGGCAGCCUUCUACUAACGGCUGGUUUGAUGAUCCACAUCUUGCCAAUAGUCAUGCUUAUCAAGACACCUCGCCAUUGGCGUAUAUUCAGAAGUAGCGACAAAAAUACAGGGCCUAUGAGUUCCCAGCAAGCUGACGUGGAGGUCCCCCUCGCCGUUAAAAAAGCGACGCAGUUAUCGAAUGAAGAGGAACGCUUUGUCGCACUUCAAAGUACGGAACUGCCGACGCCACCAAACAGCCCUUCCAGUGUGUUCCCCGUUGUUAUAUGGUUCCCCUUCUUUGUUUUGGUGCUGAUGCAAGUCGUCUCGGACUACAGCAAUGCUGUGUUCAUGACCACCAUAGUAGAUUACGCGACAGACAAGGGAGCAGAUCUCGGUCGCGCAAAAACGGCGAUUAUGUUCGCCGCAAUGGGACAGGCUGUGGGACGUGUCCUGGUGCCCUUGGUGUCGGACAAAAUUUCUUUCAGCCGCUCUUCUAUCGCCACGGCGUGCCUUUAUGCGACGGCUGUCUGUUUCCUCUUCAUUACACGCGUCUCUGCUUUCGAAAUAGUAGCGGCACUUGCUAGCCUAGCAGGAGUGGCCCAAGGCUACGUCAUUUGUAUGCGGCCAUUGCUAGUCGCCGACCACGUCGGCGUGGAACGGUUUAGCUUGUGCUGUGGAGUGGGAGGACUCGCUGCCGUGCCCAUGUGCCUCUCUGGCCCAGCAAUUCUAGGAGACGGCGAUUGCCUGCAUCCGCCCGAACAGAACCGUCGCAACGUGAUCCUCCGCACGGUGAACCGCUACGCGUUGACCUUCUUCCAGCUGCUCGUCAUCAUUCUCGCCGUCUCCGCUUUCCUCUUGCUGCUCGUUGAUUGGCGCCAUAUGAAGUACUGUCCGGAAGAGCAAGGCAGUAACUGCACUCACGAUGUGUGGGCCCUCAUGCAAUGA